AUGUCAGGGGAUAAAAAUUUAGUCGCCCACGAGGUUGGCCUAGAUGCAGGCGCGCAGGAUGACCGCGAUAUGGAGCGCAUGGGCAAAGUCCAGGAGUUCAAGAGGAACUUCAAAUUCUACUCCAUCUUCGGUCUGACUACCACGUUAAUGGCCUCGUGGGAAUCGAUCCUGCUCACCGCUGCCUAUGGCCUGACCGACGGUGGCCGCGCCGGCAUGGUUUAUGUGUAUAUCGCUUCCUUCGUGGGAUUCUUCGCCUCGCGCUUCUUCAGUUAUCUAACGGGAUGGCUGUCUGUAUUGGGCUGGCAAGCGGCGUACGCCAGUAUUUGCUUCCUCUGUGGUACCCUGAUUCAGGGUCUGCUUGUUUUCAAUUACUCCGGUGACACGGGCUAUGUCUAUGGCUAUGAACGCUGGCACGGUACUCUGUUGACGAUCGCUAUUGCGGCUGUCGGAACCCUAGUGAACACCUAUGGUGCCAAGUUCCUGCCUCCUCUGGAAGGAGUGAUUCUGUUCCUUCACAUUGGCGGAUUCAUUGCUGUCAUGGCCAUCCUCUGGGGAAUGACCUCCGUGUCCGGGCAGGCGUCAGGGUAUACCGUGUGGCAAGAAUUCACCAACUCGGGCGGUUGGUCGAGUAUGGGUCUGGCCUGUUUAGUGGGCCAAUUGACUCCUAUCUUCUCCUGGACUGGCCCCGAUGCUGCUACUCACAUGGCCGAGGAAGUGCAAAAUGCUGCUUUGGUCGUGCCCUGGUGCAUGGUUUCCACUGCGUUGAUCAACGGUGGCCUUGGUUUCAUCAUGCUGAUCACCUUCCUAUACAACAUGGGCAGCCUCGAGGCUGCUCUGAGCGCUCCCAGUGGCUUCCCCUUUCUCACUGCAGUUCAAAAUGCCACCGGUUCAAUGGGUGCCACCAACGGCGUGGCUGCCAUAAUUCUCAUCAUGGAAGUCUGCAGUGCCAUUGGUAUUCUCGCCACGGCCUCUCGACAGACAUUCGCUUUCGCUCGCGACAAUGCGCUUCCCUUCUCUCGCGCCUUGGCCCAUGUCAACAAGCGUACCCAGAUCCCCACCGUCUCCGUGCUGGUCUCGACGAUCAUUACCGUUCUGCUUAGCUUGAUCAAUAUUGGUUCCACCGCCGCUUUCAACGCCGUCGCCUCAGUAAUGAUUGCUGCUCUUUUCACUACCUAUAUCCUUUCUAUUCUCGCAUUCAUUCGCGCCCGCUUCCAACCGGGUGGUGUUCCCCGAUCCCGCUUCUCCCUCGGCAAAUUCGGUCUCGCCAUCAACGUUUUCUCGGUCGCAUAUCUGUGCUUCGCCAUUAUUUUCACCUUCUUCCCGACUACCAACAACCCAACACUCGUGAACAUGAACUGGUCGAUUCUGGUCUUUGGUGUUGUGGUCAUCUUCGCCAUUGUCCAAUACUUGAUACACGGUCGCCGUAUCUACCAAGCGCCUGUCACCCAGGUUCGCAAGGAACAGUAA